AUGACACAAUCCAUGUCCGAGGAACCAGAGCACCCACCACCAGACUACCACAGCAUCCCGCCGCGCAGGCCUCCAAUCGAAUGUAUACGGACAACAGCCGCCCCUGAGCCACCCAGCCGCUCGUCGCAAGCAUUCAAAGUCAAUGGAACGAUCUAUGUAGCGGCGCAAAUAGCAGCCGCGCCUCGUGUCGGCUUUGUUAUCGGGCCGCCUACCGUCAUUGCCGAGCGGAUCUUUCUUAAUAUAGAGGCGAUUCUGAAGGCGGCGGGGUCUUCGUUGGAUAGGAUUGUGAAAACUACGGUCUAUGUUACCGAUUCUGCCCAUGGAGUGCCGGAAUUCGAGGCUGUGUACAAACGGAAACUUCCUUUUGCACCGCCGCGAACUACGGUGUUAGUCUCGAAGAUGGAAAAUCCAGAUAUACAGAUGGAGGUUAUAGCAGUGGAAUAG